UACGGUAACAGGCGCAUUAUGUUUAGACGCCAUUUUGCCAGUAUAAAAAUAAAGAUAGCAAUGCCUGAUUGAUUAUUCGACAAGUUGUCGGAUCGGGAUAAAUAUUACUGCGAGCUGAAUGUUUAUAGUACAAAGAUGAAGAAGGCAAAAAUGCCAGAGGACACAAAACUACAGCAUAUUCCUCAGCCCUCGGAGGCCGCAAAGCUUCCCCAGUUACCUCCCCUCUCUAUAGACACCAUGACACAGGUCGAGUUGCAGGAUUUUAUUCCUCAGCUGGUCAGUAUAAUGAUGACCAACAGAGCUGGAUUGUACAGGAAGAACUCGAGGCCUGAGUGGUGGCCGUCAGACUUACCAUGGACGGGGACCAAGACGGACCUCCUGUACCAAGAGAGUAAUUGGUCGGAGCCCUUAAGAGAUGCAAUAAGGAAGUGUUACCGUCACAUGGGACAGGAGCGAUUACUGAAGAUGACGCGACGAGACAACAAACAGGCUUCCACCUCCAGCAGUCGAAGCAAACCAGAGGAAAUGCUGGAUUCUUCAUCAAAUUAUUACAUAAACCCCACAGACAACAAGAAGAAAACCUGCCAAUAUGCUGAGAUCUAUAUCUGUUAUUUCUGUGAGAGCGAGUUCUCUGACCGGACAUUGAUGCGAGAACACCAGGCUCAGUGUCAGGAGAGACCCCCACAGCUUCAGGAGGCCUUAAAGACCCCACCUCAGUCCACAGACCCCACCCAGGGGCCACCACAGAUGAGUCCUGUCAAACUGAACCUCAGCUGUAAAGCCCCCCGUAUUCCCAAAGAUGGCUUCAUAAAGAUGUUCAAUUUAGUACCUACACAGAAAGUGGACAAGAUUCUGGCACGACAUAGAAACAGUCUGGAUGUAGAGUGUGAGGAGUUGGAUUAUUCUGUCCCAGAGACUCCGAUUUCUCCCACCACCCCACGUACACCAAAGUCUCUCAUCUCGCAGCUCAGCCGAGAUGAGGGUCCGUCUUCCAGAAAGAGGCUGAGUUACACAGAGGGUGGGGAUAAUGAGGAUAAGGAAAGUGUUGUGAGUGGCUGCAGUGAAGAUGCGGAGGAGAAGGCCACCCAGAAAGGGAAAUCUCUACUGACGAUAGACAUCUCCUCUCUGCUGGGACAGAGGAUUCAGAAGCACGUUAAAUCGGACUCGUUUAUUCAGGUGAUCGGUGAUUCCGAAUCAUUCUGUAAAACCCCUGUCAAAAACUCUUUCUAUGAAAAACUACGCAAUCGUACCGUUUCAUAUCCUGUGUUAUAUAAACAGAGGAGGAAGCAUGAUGGGAAGUUUGUGCAUGCGUAUGGAUUUACAAACGGGCAGAAACGAGAAAUCAAGAAAAGACUGAAAUCUGGAUUGAAUAAAAAGAGCCGAGAGCUUCAGAAGAGUAUGCCAAAAUGUUCAGUGGAAGUAGCAAGGCUGACUAAGUGGGAACUAAAGAGAUUCAUGUCCAAACACUGCUUCAGAAAAUUUUUGAAUCUCAAACCUGAAGUUAGUAUGUCUGAAUCAGAAUUUCCAAAGGAGCCACUUCUGCUGUCUCAAAAUGUGGAUAAACUGCUCGGGCUGAAGAAGAGAUCUGAACUGAGUGUAGGGAAACUGAAUCGAUUGGCUCCAGUGAAUGUUGUGUCUGAAGAUGCUAAUGCAGAAAUCACCAAACAUAAGUUAACUCUGUAUCGAUGUUUGUUAUCUGAUUUGGCUACCAUGCAGUCAAGCUUGAAGAAAAGUAAGUCAACACAUGCACUCCAGCAGUCUCUGAAACUGGAACUCAAACAGGCACCACUAGACAGGGAAGUUUCAGAACAGGCAUUAACAAUAAAAGUACCAGGACACAGGUCACCUAAGUUACCUCUGAGUCCGCCUACUACACCCUCCAUACUGAAGCAGAAGGACACCAAAUCUAAGAAACAAUCCUCAAAGCUAACAGAGGACGACAUAUCCAUCAUUUCAAUUUCUUCUGAUGAGGAAUCUUUAAGUUCUCGAUGCUGUAUGGCCUGUAAGAGGAAAAAAUUAUGUCCGUGUUCACCUGAGGUCUCACUGAACCGAGUCUGUUCCUCCCCUUCCAUUUGUGCCCUGAGUGUGUCUGUAGCGAGUUCUACUUCCAUUACCCCACAGGUUUCCCCAUGUAGUUGUAUAUCCUCCCCUGAGUCGGAGAACUCCCUUCAUCUAAAGCUGUCCCCGUCACCCGACCUGGUCCAGUGGCAUGUAAAGGCUCUGAAACCACCAGCAGUCGUAAAUAAAACAGUCUCCAAGCCGCUACGCAAAUCUGACACAGAAAUGCCUGUGUCUUCCUCCCCAGCUUUGAGACAAAGGAGUAACAGCUCCACUCAGAAACAGGACACAGUGGAGGGAAAAGAGAAGUCUGUCGUGUCCAAGUCUCCUGUGAAGAAACCACUCAGUACAUCUACACCAAGAACCUCACCCAGAAAACUGUCGCUACAACCAGCCACCUCUUCAACAGAGGUCAAAGUUCAAAGUAUACCAAAAGAAAAGGACAAAAGUGCAAUGAAGAAAAUGUGUUCAGAAGAAAGCAAAUCUGGUACAAAACAAACUGCUUCACAGAAAUCUCCUCAGAAGAAAGGAUCCCCUGUGAAGAAUAUUGAGUAUGACCUCAUCAUCAGAACGAGGUCCAAGGCAGGGAUUCCCCUGAAGAGAUCUAAGAGAAUCAUGUCAGCCUCGGAAGGCUCCCCACAGGGUAGUCCAAAAAAGAUGAAGUUGGACACUAGAUGAAGAGCCUCUACCGGGUAGACAGAAAGUGUGGUCAAAGAAAUCUGUUUCACAUGAGGAGAUGAAGGGUAGAUAUUCUGAGUAUGAAAGUAAAAUGACAAGAUUUUUAUGAUGUGUUCAUGUGUGAAACAGCUCUGGAAUUUUUCCAGGCCAAGGAAGUAGUGAACCACCAUUUAUCUGACUGAAUGGAGUGAAAAAGAGUAGAUAUUUUGAAAGUCAGACUCCAAUGCAAUAAAAUGCUUCAUUCCUGUGCUCUGAUCUCCUGCUGAUGGAUGACUGUGAGUUGCAGAUAUUUUAACACUUGUGUUCUGUACCAAAGUUACACGUAAUUGCAUGUUACUUUUAUUCUGUAUUGUUAUGACGUACAUUUAUCACAUUAGGUUUGGGUAGAGCAUUUCUCCAUGAGAAGCAUGAAUGCCUAUAAUUAGUAUGAUAAAACACUGUAAAUUUGAAACUAUCUGACCUGUAUACAUGUGGAAUCUAUACUAAAUAGUGCUUUUUUAUGAUGGUGCUGUUUUAAUCUGAUAGAAGGAUAUUUUUAUCAUUGCUCUUCAGGAAGUGUAAUGUCUACUGCAUACAUUUGCCAAACACUCAUAUAAUAUGGUUAUUAUUAGAAUUAAAUAUGAUAGUGAAGAAAGCUUACUUAGAGAAUUUAAAUUUUUUAAAAUUCUUUGAGGACAUGUUUAAAGUUUUGAGAGUUGUAUUCAGUAGCCAAAAUUUGUUACCUACUUAAACCAAAAGCUGUUGUAGGUUAUUUGCUAUCUCUAAGACCUUACAAUAUUUUCUGUCCAUGAACUGCUAGCAAAAAAUACAGAUGGGUAUUGAGGACCCUCUCUACACUGAACACUAAUUUCAGGGUACUUUUGUGUGAUUAGACUGAUCCACCAGGUGGCAUAAAAUGAAAUAAAUUGCAAUAUGCACUGUAUUUUAUGAUUUGAAAUUAAUUCAAGUAUUCUAAACAUUACAUUAGACCAAGAUGAGUGUAACUGCAAAACUUUAUUUGCAUGAAUUUUCCUUAUUUGAGUAAGCAAACACGAUUUUUUCUUUAUCGGUACUUUGUUGUUGGAAGAUUUUUUCUGGGUAAAAAAGGGAUGCAUCCUGUGCUAAGUAUGAACUAGAUAAUGAACUCCAUUAUGCUAUAUAAUUUUUUCAGUCCAAAAAACAUUCUUCAUCAGUGUAUAAAGGGGCCGUAAAUGAAUUAAAGAGCAAAAUUUUCGUGCAAAUGUUGUGAGAGGUCUUUUUGUGUAGCAAGUAGUCUACAAUAACCAAUUUAUGAUGUGAUAGUGUUAACAAAGAAAAAAUUCUAUUUUUUCAUUAUGAUUUUGUUGUUGAAUAUUUUUUUUUUUAAUUUGAGAAUCAAAACUAUAAAAUUCCUGAUGCAUAUGAAAUAAUAAAUCUUCCCUUAUCAUUUAUACAGUUUGUUGUGUGAUAGUUUGCAAUGCGUGAGAUCUUUCUGUUUUAGAAAAGAGAUUAUGAGCAAAGGUUGUAGUCGGAGGACAUAUAUGUAUAAAUGUUGACUAUUUCUAAAUUCGGGCAUUACUGGUCAAGUCUUAGUCAUUUUUGUUAUCCAUAUGUAGUUAUCUUUUUUACUUUGUGUGUUUUAUGUUUUAGCAUGCUAAAUUUGUUUUGAAAGAAAUUCAACAACUGAGGAUUAUUUGUUCAUAUGGAAAUUAUUGAAAAUGUGUAAAUGUAUUUAAUUUUCUGUUCAGUUGCUAACACGUUAUUGCAUGGUUUCAGAUGUUCUGUUGAAGAGUGAUUUAAAUGUACAUCAACUUUGUUUCCCUGUAUUAAUUAAUUAUUUUGGUUUCGUCUUCAUUUUGUGAACAAAAAUACAGCACUGAUCAUCGACCUCCUACUCCUUAAGCGUGACCAGUGCGACACCUUGGGUACUGUAAAUUACUAAAUAUUAGAGACACUUUUUUUUCACAAGACACCUUAUUUUAUUUUAUUUAUAAGCAAAACAUAAUUUUCUCUAAUUUUCGUUAUCUUUCUAUAUAAUCUUUGGUAAUACAAAUAUAUGCAAGAAUUAAAUUUUUUCGAGCGGGCAGUCUCACGUAAUUACUUGGAAAUAAAGUAAAAGUGAUUUACAGUAACUGACCCUGCUUGUCAGAUUAGUUGAUACUUGGGGUAGAUUGUUAGUCGUUUAAACCAAAGGUGCAUAGAAGCAUAAUAGUGCAACCAUGACAGUGUGUUGUUCGUUCUCCUAGGCUUGAGUUGAGUAAAUGUCCUUUGUGCUUUGGUUAUAAAGAUUACGGUUUUGCCAAGCAACAUUUAGUUGCAACUGCCAAUAUAGACUGAAUCAUGUAAAAAGUACUUUAUGUUACCAUGACUGAAUGUAUUUCAGUAUAGUAUUAAAGAAAUUUAGAAGUUUUGAAAAGCACUAGAGAUAUUUAUUCUCUGAAGACAUGGACCACCUCUCAAUCCAUAUACAUGUUUGUAAAUAUUCAUUUUUAUUUUGAUGUAUAUGCAAUCAAUAUAUUUUAUUUUUCAUGUGUAGAACAAAAGCAACAAUUAUAAUUAUUUUGUUUACUUGUAGAUAGUUUUAGUUCCGAUUUUUUCUCUAGAUUUUGGGAUGUGGAACAAUUGGUUUCCUCAAUUUGUCACUAAGCUCAUGGGAAAAAUACUUCUCCCACUUAAGAAAGAGAGAGAGUGAGAUAGAGAAAGGUUUCAAAAAGUAUUUUGCAGUGCCAUAUGGGUUGUAAUUGAAAGCUGAGCUUUCAGACUUCCUCAAAAGUUUCCAUUUUUGUGUAUUCAUCAAUUUUGCAACAUCUUAACCGAUUCUAUAAAAUCAUCUUUAAUCAUCAAAAGAAGAAAAUCUUCACAGAUCACAAGGGGCUAGCCAUUGUUAUCACCUUGUAUUAAUCUUGCUUGGAAGAGCAUCUUGUUGUUUGUGCAGUAAACACCAUUAUAAUUAUCUUUUCUGCCACUGAAUAUCAUGGUUUGCUAGAGAGGUAGUACACCCAUAUUAAAUUUUAUGUCAACAGGGGUUUUAGAGCAUGAAAGAGAUUCCUUGUUUGUGUUUACAAUCUUUAACAGCUCUGUUAUAAAACAAAUGUUUGUAAAAUUAGCAGUAAAACUACUUGGUGACACUGAAUUUUGGGUAAGAUUUACAAUCUUGCAAGCAUCACAUUUGUUUUCAUUUUCAGUGGAGGUGCAGUUCACAAAGUAUUUUUUGUUUAGACCGUUGUUCAUUUCUGCAUUGUUGAAAUUUUAGUCAUGUUCUGUUGAUUUUUAAUGUUCAAAUGAAUUUGCUUUUUAGUUGUCCAUCUUUUUUUGAUCUUCAUUUUUUUUUCCGAUUCUGUACAUGUACAUUGAUACAUUAAACCAUGGUUAUCAGUGGAACUGUUUUAGUUUAUGUAUCAGAUACUAGAUGAAUUUGUUUAACCUGUGAACUGUUUUUAUUGGAUUUUACCAGACUGAUUGUUUUAUCAUAGAUCUGCUAAUAGACUACAGUAAUUUUAGAACAAACUUGUUAAAUAUGAAAAUCAUCAUUACUAAUUAAAAAAAAUGUUCAGAAUUAAAGCAACUGUCACAUACACUUCUAA